GAAACCCCGAAACCUCCCGCGGCGGCAGCUCCGUGCGGCGGCGGCGGCUGCGACCCGCUCCCGGCCGGCGCCUCCCCCCGCGGCCGCCCGCCCCCGCCCCACCGGCACCGUGCGACAUGGCAGGGGUGGCAGGAGGUGGAGGCGGUGGCGGCAGCAACGACUUCCAGUGGUGCUUCUCCCAGGUGAAGGGGGCUAUCGACGAGGACGUGGCGGAAGCUGAUAUUAUUUCAACAGUUGAAUUUAAUUACUCUGGUGAUCUUCUUGCAACAGGAGACAAAGGUGGCAGAGUGGUUAUAUUUCAAAGGGAACAAGAGAAUAAAAGCCGUCCUCAUUCUAGGGGAGAAUAUAAUGUUUACAGUACCUUUCAGAGUCACGAGCCCGAGUUUGACUACUUGAAAAGUCUAGAAAUUGAGGAAAAAAUCAAUAAAAUUAGGUGGUUACCACAACAGAAUGCUGCUCAUUUCCUGCUGUCUACAAAUGAUAAAACUAUUAAGUUAUGGAAAAUAAGUGAAAGGGAUAAAAGAGCCGAAGGCUAUAAUUUAAAAGAUGAAGAUGGAAGACUUAGGGAUCCUUUCAGAAUUACAGCACUACGGGUGCCAAUAUUGAAACCCAUGGACCUCAUGGUAGAAGCAAGUCCCAGAAGGAUAUUUGCAAAUGCACAUACUUACCACAUAAACUCUAUUUCAGUAAAUAGUGAUCAUGAAACAUACCUUUCUGCAGAUGACCUAAGAAUUAACCUAUGGCAUUUAGAAAUCACAGAUAGAAGUUUUAAUAUUGUAGAUAUUAAGCCUGCUAACAUGGAGGAGCUGACAGAAGUGAUUACUGCUGCCGAGUUCCACCCGCAUCACUGCAACGUGUUUGUGUACAGCAGCAGCAAAGGCACCAUCCGGCUGUGCGACAUGCGCUCCUCGGCCCUCUGCGACAGGCACUCCAAGUUUUUUGAAGAGCCUGAAGAUCCUAGCAGCAGAUCGUUUUUUUCAGAAAUAAUAUCGUCGAUAUCUGAUGUAAAGUUCAGCCACAGUGGCCGCUACAUGAUGACAAGAGACUACCUUUCUGUUAAAGUGUGGGAUCUCAAUAUGGAAAACAGGCCUGUAGAGACAUAUCAAGUUCACGAGUAUCUUCGGAGCAAGCUUUGUUCCCUGUACGAGAACGACUGCAUCUUUGACAAAUUUGAGUGCUGCUGGAACGGUUCUGAUAGUGCUAUCAUGACUGGAUCUUACAACAACUUCUUCCGGAUGUUUGACCGGAACACGCGCCGGGACAUCACCCUGGAGGCGUCCAGGGAGAGCAGCAAGCCUCGUGCCAUCCUAAAGCCACGCAAGGUCUGCACGGGCGGCAAGAGGAAGAAGGACGAGAUCAGCGUCGACAGUCUGGACUUCAACAAGAAGAUUCUUCAUACAGCGUGGCACCCCAUGGAGAACAUCAUCGCCGUGGCUGCCACCAAUAAUUUGUAUAUAUUCCAGGACAAAAUUAACUAAAGGUGACUGACUUGGGGACGGAGUCAUCGUCUUGCAUAGUUAAGCUCAGUUGUUUAUCUGUCAAAGAGAAGGCCUUGUUGUCCUACCGGUGAAGAACAUUGAUGCACUUACUGCCCUUUAGGUAAAGGAGAGGAUCUGGCCUGGCUUUUGAGUUCACGAGAUAGUUCUGCCUGCGGUGGGGUCGGGAGAGACCCUCCAGAGGCAGAACUGGUGGACAGUGCUCAAUACGGCCAAUACUCCAAACACCUGUAUUUAUUUCAGUCCGAGCCUUCCUUUCCAGUUUAUAGACCAAAAAUUUAACACCCAAGAAGAAAAAUUGUCAUUAAAACAUCAUUUCUCUCUCUCAUGCUCUCUCUGCUGUAAUAUUUGGGCCUUUCAGAACAUUUAUUGUGCUUAACGACGCCUGUAAACAUUCCUCCUCUGGCCUGUGUCUGGGCUUAGGUGUUGUACCCUGGAGCACUUCGGUAGGUCUCGAGUUGGGUUCGUAGGCAGGUUUCCAUGGAUAUUUACUCACCAACUGUAUCUAUAACCACACCUUCUGGUGUAAACCACUUAAUAAAAUAACAAGCUAUAAAAAGUGUUUUUAAAUCUGAAGGUAUGUAUUCAGUCUUUUUAUUUUUCUAUUGCAUGUCCUGAGGUUGUGCAGAGUAAUUCCCAUGGGCACAUCUGCCAACAGCCCCAACAUGAUGGUUUUUGGCAGACUGAUAGAGAACUCUUUUUGUGUAGUAUUUCAGAUUGUAAGUUUGGAGUUUCCAUGAGGUUGUUGUUCAGUUGGAGUGGCGCUGGUUUGCUGGUGAAGGGCUGACUGUGCCCAGAGGGGACGGCGGAGGGCAGGGCAGGCUCGGGGCCUUAAGGGAGGUGACGAGCCCAGAUGUGGGACACCUGCUUGGAGAGAAAAACUGGGUUCGCCCGAUGCCUCUCACUGUUAGAGACCUUACGUGCAUUACGGUUUUUAACCUUUUUAGUCUUUGUGACAAAGAUGCAGUUGAUGUUAUGUGUGUGGCACCGGGGUUCCCGCCAGCAGCCUGGGCUCGGCCAGGGCCCCGAGGCUGCUCUCACUCUGCUCUUGCAAACUGCGGUUUAAGCCUUAGCUACCUUUUUUUUUUUAAUCCAAGGAGGCCUAAAAGCCCUGGCCCUGCUCCUCGCCCAGGCGAGAAACCACCCCGAGUCACGGCACGUGGCAGCAGCGCGGCGGGGCUCAGGUGCUGCCGCAUGGCCUGUGCCUGCAGCAGCAGCAGCUCCCUGCAGGGAGCCAGCUCCUUCCUGAGUGGCUGCACGGCAGCUCCCGGCGCUCCCCGUGCCACACACGGCAGCUCCCGGCGCUCCUCGUGCAGUGCCCAGUGCUCCUUGUGCCACGCAGGGUUUCUGACCGGGACCUGUGUGCACGAGAGCGCAAUGUCUUUCUCCUUACCCCACCUCACACCCCUGGUGCCACACUCGUUCACAGUAAGUUAGUACCUACAGCUAACCUUCGGAGUCUAAGAUAAAGCUUAAACUAAAACCUGCUGUAGAAGGGUUGUGACACCCUUUUAAAGGUGUGCAGUGUGGGAUGUGGGGGCACUGGGGCAUGAGCUGUGCUCGUCCCUGCAGGGCACAGUGGAGCUAACACAACGGGACUGUACAGACUUGUUCAAUUACUUUGACCAAAAAGUUUAAUAAAUUUUAAAUGUUUACCCA